CAGCAGCAGUCAGGGAAUAUUUCUAAAAUAUCAUGAAGCUCGAAUCAGAAAUCAGAUUCCACGUGAGCGGUCAAGAAUUUGCUGUAAAAUCAAGUGACGUUACACCGCAAACUACCCUCAAUACUUAUCUGAGAGACAUACUUCACUUAACGGGAACGAAGAAGAUGUGUGUCGAAGGUGGUUGCGGCGUCUGUAUCGUAGCCGUCGAGGAAUUACAAGCUGACGGUACCAAGAAAAUUUUCGCAGUUAAUUCUUGUCUAGUUUCCAUUUAUUCGUGCCACGGGUGGAAAAUAAUAACGACGGAAGGCAUAGGAAACCCUAUAAUCGGAUAUCACAAAAUACAAAAGUUAUUGGCCGUCAAUAACGGAUCGCAGUGUGGGUUUUGCUCAACGGGUAUGGUCAUGAAUAUGUACGCUUACCACGAAUCAGGCCCGAGGACUCAACAGGACAUCGAAAACGCAUUCGGAGGCAACAUUUGUAGAUGUACUGGCUACAGGCCGAUUUUAACCGCAUUUAAACAACUGGCUAUCGAUGCUGACGGCAAAAGAAAUCAAUUCGAAGUUAUCGACAUAGAAGACGUGAAGAAGUGUAAAAUAUCCGAAUGUAAGCGGUGUUACAAAUCGCCGAUCUACUUUGAGCUGGGCGCCAAUUCUCAAUGGAUGAAAGUGUAUUACGUCAAAGACCUGUUGCAAGUGCUGCGCACGAUUGGUAAUAAGACGUAUCAGCUUGUUUGUGGAAAUACUGCCAGAGGUGUUUAUUGGCAACAAGAAGACGAAAUUCCAGACGUCUAUAUCGACGUGUCUGGGGUGAGGGAGCUUGCUGGGUACUCCGCCGACACGGAUACAUUGGUGCUAGGGGGUAAUUUUACUCUUACCAACACCAUAGACUUAUUUUUAAAUUUAUCUCGGACGAAUAUGAGAUUUAGGCACUUGAGAAGGAUGGCGGAACACAUAGAUCUUGUAGCGCACGUGCCAGUUCGAAACAUUGGAAGUUUGGCAGGGAACUUGAUGACGAAACAUCUGCACAAUGAAUUCCCAUCCGAUAUAUUCCUCACUUUAGAGACUGUGAACGCAACUUUGGUCAUCCUUGACGCCGAGGAAAACGAAAUCAGAGCCACUCCCGCCGAAUUUUUAAACUUGGACAUGAACAAAAAGAUUAUUAGAGAGAUCGUUUUGGUCGGAUACGACGAGUCGUAUUACUACCAGAGUUACAAGAUAAUGCCGAGAGCUCAAAACGCCCACGCCCAAGUGAAUGCCGGAUUUCUGUUCCGACUAAACGGACAAUACGUGGUGCAAUCCGCGAGAAUCGUCUUCGGAGCCAUCAACCCCCAAUUCAUCCACGCCAGCGCUACAGAGCGAUUCCUCCAAGGACAAGUGCUUUUUGAUAACACUGUUCUGCAGAGGGCGUAUCAGUCGCUAGAGAACGAGAUAAACCCCGACUGGGUUCAGCCAGAUCCUAGUCCGCCAUUUAGGAGACUAUUGGCCAUUAGUCUUUUCUAUAAGUGCAUUUUGAGUAUUGCCCCCGAUAAUCUUCUAUCGGCGAGGCACAAAACUGGAGGACAGGAAAUCUUUAGACCAGUUUCCAGCGCCUUUCAAACGAUUAACAGCGAUCAGAGUCUCUACCCCUUGACGCAGCCCGUCACGAAGGUCGAGGCCUUGGCUCAAACGUCGGGUCAAGCUCAGUACAUCCUUGACAUUCCCGAUCAGCCGGGGCAGCUCCACGCCGUGUUGGUCCAAGCAAGGGCAACCCCCGGUUCUACCAUUACGAAAAUCGAUACCACAGCAGCCCUUAAAGUUUCCGGCAUGGUUGCCUUCUUUUCCGCCAAGGAUAUUCCCGGUAUCAACUCAAUUAAGGUGCCUGCCAUAGUUCAGAUGGUCUACGACGAGGAAUUAUUCUGCAGUGGCAGGGUUAUCCACUACCACCAACCGGUGGGGGUGAUAGUGGCGGAGACGCACGAUCUCGCUCUGCUGGGGGCGGGCUUGGUACGUGUCGAAGUGUCGCCACCUCCGCAAGGAUCUACGCCCCUUAUCAGCAUUAGUGACGUCCUCAAAAAUAACAGGAGGGACAGGAUCAGGCAUCAAACUUCGGUGGUAGCGAGAUCGACAGGAAAAGACAUCAAAACUACAGUAACGGGUCAAGUCAAUCUCCUCGGUCAGUAUCAUUAUCAUAUGGAAACACAAAAUUGUCAAGUAAUACCUACUGAAGAUGGUUUCGAUGUGUACGCGGGCACCCAAUGGAUGGAUCACAUUCAAGGAGUUAUCGCCCAAGUUUUAAAUAUUCCUUCUCAAACAAUAAGCGUUUUCGUGAAACGAUUGGGAGGCGCCUUCGGCGCGAAAAUCACCAGGAACGGCUUCAUCAGCGGGGCGGCGGCCCUGGCGGCUUCCAAGUUACGUCGUCCGGUGCGUCUAUGGAUGAGCUUCAGCUCGAACAUGGACAUCAUCGGCAAACGAUUUCCGUUUCUCUGCGACUACACCGUUGCAGUAAACGCGGCCGGUGUUAUUCAAACAAUGAAGGCGGACCUUUAUUCCGACUACAGCACCGGAGGGAACGAACCUGUCGACAAUUUAGUCGUAGAAAUGUUUCAAAAUGUAUACAAAAUCGACACCUGGAACUACGACACCUACAUCGUUGGCACAGACACCGCGGCUAACUGCUACAUGAGAGCUCCAGGCACCUUGGAGGCGAUAGCAGGUAUAGAGAGUAUCAUGGAUCAUAUCGCCCUCCAACUCAAUUUGGAUCCUCUUGACGUCAGGCUGGCAAACUUGGACGCCCAAAACAAUCCAAUCAUAGUACAAUUCCUAAACGAUGUGAGAAAUAGGGACAACGUCGACGCGCGCAAGAGAGAGAUCGCAAAGUUUAACGCUGCUAACCGGUGGCGCAAAAAAGCGAUAUCGGUGGUACCGAUGAGGUGGAUAGUGGAAGUGCAAGCCCUCUACACAACUUACGUGUCCAUUUACCAUUUGGACGGUGGCGUUACAGUGAGUCACGGGGGAAUUGAGAUGGGUCAAGGGAUCAACACUAAGGUGGCCCAAGUGGCAGCAUACAAGUUUGGCAUUCCUAUCGAGAAAGUAACGGUAAAACCUUCUUACAACCUCAUCUCACCUAAUUCGUAUUCAUCUGGAGCAAGUCUCACCUCCGAAGCCGUCGUUUUUUCUCUUCUGAAAGCUUGCGACAUUUUGCUAGAAAGGAUCCAACCAACUAGACAAUUGAACCCCAACGCCACCUGGGAGCAACUGAUCCAACUCUGUUACACUGGUAACGUCAAUCUCAGCACCAACGGCUUCUACUCCGGAAACGAACCGAGCAUACAAGAGUAUCCGGUCUACGGUGUCUGCGUCCUUGAAUUGGAAGUCGAUCUACUAUCAGGUCUGCACCAAAUCAACAAUGUCGACAUUUUGGAAGAUGUAGGUCAAAGCAUGAGUCCUUUGAUCGACAUCGGUCAGCUCGAGGGGGCAUUCGUUAUGGGCAUCGGUUACCAUUCGACGGAAGAACUCAAAAUGGACUCUGACGGCAGAGUAACAACCGAUCGCACCUGGUACUACAAAGUACCCGGAUUUCGUGACAUUCCGGUCAAUUUUAAUGUUCGUUUCUCUUCGAAUACGCCUAACCCGGUAGGAGUUCUCAAGUCCAAAGCGAUAGCUGAGCCACCUACAUGCCUGGCCAUAUCCGUACAGCUAGCUAUACGAUCGGCCUUGGCAUCGGCUAGGCGGGAGGCUAAUCCGGGAUUACCGGUUUGGUUCAACGUGGAUGGCCCGUCAACGGUUGAGAAGAUCCUGCUUAAUUCGCUCAACAAUUACAAGCAAUAUACUUUAUAGUCAUAUAGAGUUUAACUAUUUUAAGCUUUUACAAUUGUUACUGGCAUAUAAUAAAGGUUUUAUAAGAGUC